GCAGGAACUCUAGCCCAGAAUACUGUACAAGAGUUCAGCGUCCUAUUCAGUGUCCUUUGUGCCUGUCUGGCAACAUCUAAAAUAUAACCAGAACAAUCUGAGGCAGUUUCAUCAACCCAAGAAGAUGUCUGCUGGGACAUGUCUGCGCAGAAGAAAAGGUGCACAUGAAAUAGAACCCAAAACUGAUCUUACUCGCUGGCGAUUCAGCUCCGUGGAAGGGCGGCAUAAAUGGUACUACGUGGCAGACAAUGAAGAAUGUGCCCGUGAACAGAACGCACUAGAGGCUUACACUUUAGGGCUGGACAUUAGUAAGUUCUUUCCAGACUUGCCCAAAGCCAAUACGGCCCAGGAAGCAGUCCAGAAAGCGAUUAAAUUCUUCUCUGGCCUGCAAGCGGAAGAUGGCCAUUGGCCUAUGGAGUGCUCUGGUGUUGUCGCUCUUGGACCAGGUUUUUUGAUGUCAUGCUAUGCUGCCAAGAUCUCACUGCCAGAAGAGUACGAGAGAGAGCUCCUGCGUUACAUCUUCUCACAACAGCUUCCAGAUGGUGGCUGGAGUUUCCAUCUUACAGAACAGUCAACAGUAUUGGGCACAACCUUCAGCUAUAUAGCUAUGCGAAUCCUUGGGCUUGGGCCUGACCAUCCAAAUGUAGUGCGGGCUCGGAUAAAUCUCCACAAGAAAGGUGGUGCUCUUGGAAUCCCUCAUCUGGGCAAAGUUUGGCUGGCUACUAUGAAUUUGUACAGCUGGGAAGGAAUGAAUUCACUGUUUCCUGAGUUAUGGCUGUUCCCUACAUGGAUGCCAGCACAUCCCUCAACAUACUGGUGUCAUGCUCGCCAUAUCACCCUCGUGAUGAGCUACUGCUAUGCCUCUCGCCUGACUAUGGAAGAAGAUGAAUUGAUCCAGAGUCUAAGACAGGAGAUUUAUGUGGAGGACUUUUCCACUAUUGAUUGGCAAGCCCAGAGGAACAAUAUUCACGAAACCGAUUUGCAAGCUGCACACAGCUGGAUGCUGGAUGCUGCAUAUGCUACCUUAAAUUUGUACGAGAGAUACCAUUUCACCAGUUUCAGAAAGAAAGCCAUUGCAGAAAUGUAUGAGCAAAUCAAAGCUGAUGACGUAUUCUCAAAUGCCACCAAUUCUAGUCCGAUUUGUAAAGUGUUUCAUAUGCUAAUAAGAAAGCAAGUUGAUGGAGCCAAUUCUCCAGCUUUUCAAGAACAUAUCUCCAGACUUUAUGACUACCUUUGGAUGGGACAGGAUGGUAUGUUAAUAAAGGUCAUGGGAUCACAGACCUGGGAUACAUCAUUUAUCAUUCAAGGCUUAUUGGAGGCUGGGGUUCAGAACAAUCCUGACUAUGCAUCCUGUCUGAAAAAAGCCCAUGAAUUCUUGAAAGCCUCUCAGAUUGUAGAUAACCCACCUAACUACCAGAGAUAUUAUCGCCAGAUGAACAAGGUACAUCCAGAAUCGUGACCUGUCUGUGUGACACAUAGCCAUCAAAAAGAGAG